UGUAACACCCUCCCUAUCUUACGCUCCUGGAUUUAUCCCUUAUAAGGAACCUCAGAGGGAUAUAUAAACACUCCCGAUGCAUCAUUGCAAGUAAAGAGCAGGUGAAGAGCAGCCACUCAGCUGUAUCAUAGCAGCAGAUUUCACCCUUUAUCCUUCUGGAUCGCUAGUGGACAAAGAUGAACGGCACUGAGGGAAAUAACUUCUACGUCCCCUUGUCCAACAGGACAGGGCUAGUGAGGAGUCCUUACGAGUAUCCGCAGUAUUAUCUAGCUGAACCGUGGCAGUUUAAGGUGCUUGCUAUCUACAUAUUCUUCCUCAUGUGCUUGGGUCUACCCAUCAAUGGCCUUACAUUGGUGGUUACAGCUCAACAUAAAAAGCUUCGGCAACCUCUCAACUUUAUUUUGGUCAACCUGGCUGUGGCUGGAACCAUCAUGAUUUGUUUUGGAUUCACGGUCACUUUCUACACAGCAAUUAAUGGCUACUUUGCUCUUGGACCAACUGGCUGUGCGAUUGAGGGCUUCAUGGCCACACUUGGAGGUGAAGUUGCCCUUUGGUCACUUGUGGUGCUGGCCAUUGAAAGAUACAUUGUGGUCUGCAAACCAAUGGGUAGUUUCAAAUUCUCUUCCAGCCAUGCUUUUGCAGGAAUUGCAUUUACAUGGGUAAUGGCCAUGGCAUGUGCGGCUCCCCCUUUGGUUGGCUGGUCCAGAUAUAUCCCAGAGGGAAUGCAGUGCUCAUGUGGACCAGACUACUACACCCUGAAUCCUGACUUCAACAAUGAAUCAUAUGUCAUCUACAUGUUCGUCUGCCAUUUUAUAUUGCCAGUCACCGUAAUCUUCUUCACCUAUGGACGGCUUGUGUGCACAGUCAAGGCGGCUGCAGCUCAACAGCAGGACUCAGCAUCUACCCAGAAAGCUGAGAGGGAAGUGACAAGAAUGGUCAUCCUGAUGGUGUUGGGUUUCCUGGUGGCUUGGACCCCUUAUGCCACUGUUGCUGCCUGGAUCUUCUUUAAUAAGGGAGCAGCUUUCAGUGCCCAGUUCAUGGCUAUUCCUGCCUUCUUCUCAAAAAGCUCAGCCUUAUAUAACCCUGUCAUCUAUGUGCUGCUAAACAAACAGGUUAAACAUUUAUCAGGCUUGCCUUACAUAUCCCAGACAUCCCUUUCCAUUUCUACUCCUCCUUCUCUCUGUAUUAUCUCUAUUAAAAACAUGCUAAACAAAACAUUGUUCUUUACAGUUCCGGAACUGCAUGCUGACCACUCUUUUCUGUGGAAAGAAUCCUCUUGGCGAUGAUGAGUCCUCAACUGUGUCCACCAGCAAGACGGAGGUGUCCUCUGUAUCUCCAGCAUAGACUUUUGGACCUCUCACAGAUUAUGUUCUUUUAGUCAUUGACCAA